AUGACGAUAACCACUGACGAGGUCUUGGAACAGAUUGGUAGCUUCGGUCGCUACCAAAUUUUCCUCAGCAUAUUUUUCAAUCUUGCCUAUGCAUUAUGGUGGGCCAUUCCUGUAAUGACUUCUGUCUUUAUCGCAUCGGAGCCCGGCUGGCAGUGCAAAAAUAUAUCGACUUGCCCCUAUACGGACACCAUAAGUCUUGGAGACACGAGGUACAAGUACCGAUGUAAUAUUCCAAGGGAAGAUUGGAAAUUUGCGAACGAUUUCACUUCUAUUGUCACUGAGUUCGACCUGGUUUGUGAACGCGGGUCUUUGGGGUUUGUUUCCACCUCUACGAUCUUUGCCGGAUUUUUCAUUGGAAGUAUCCUUGUGAGCACCUUUUCUGACAGGUUUGGCAGGAAACGCCCAUUUUUCCUCUGCGGUUUUAUUUGCUGCGUGGUUCAUCUCAUCUCAGCCUUCUCUCCUGCAUUCUGGUUUUUUGCACUUUGUCGUAGCAUUGUUGGAUUCAUGAUUGGUGCUUACAGCAUUCCAAUGUUCGUGUUGACUUCGGAGUUUUCGGGAAUUCGCCACAGAGGUGUAGCAGGAGGCCUGGUGUGGAUUGGAUUCCUUCUGUUCUCCAUGAUCUUAGCAGGGGUAGCAUAUGCUAUUAGAGACUGGCGUCAGCUCAUUAUAUGUACUGGAGUUCCUGGCAUAUUCCUUACGGCUGGAUACUUUUUCAUCCCAGAGUCUGUCCGCUGGUUGCUAAAAAAAGGUCGAGAGGAUCAGGCCAGGGUAAUCCUAUGUAAAGUAGCUGAGGUUAAUGGAAAAGAGAUGCCUACUGAGUCACUGGAAUUAUCACAAGAAGAGCAGAAUGAGAGGCUUGGUGACUUCCGAGAUUUGUUUGUGUCACGAAAAAUGAUACACAAGACGUUAUGCUCUUGGUUAAUGUGGUUCUCUGCAUCUUUUAUCAGCUGGGGCAUAGCUUUCAGUGCUCCUUUUGUUGGGGGAAAUAUCUACAUCAAUGUCCUUAUAUCUAGUAUAGCUGCAUUGCCAGCAUACCCAAUAAGUGCUGCUUUGACGAUGAAGUUCGGUCGCAGAAAGACUAUAGGAGUAACGUUUCUAUUAGCUGCUGUCGGAGCAAUCGGGACACUUCUACUGUCAGACAAAGCUGAAAACGAUAAAGGUUACAUGGCUGGGAAAAUCUUCAUGUCCAUGUUCGUUGCAAGGUUUAGCAAUGAAAUAGCCUUUUCAUUGAUUUACAUUUACUCUGCUGAGUUGUUUCCAACAACCGUAAGGAAUGUUGGUAUGGGUACAUCUACAGCUUCCGCCCGCGUAAGCGCUUUUGCCUCAGCUUAUGCUCCGCUCUUGUUGAUCGUUGAUCGUUUUCUUCCCUAUGGGAUAAUGGCUGGUCUGGCAAUAGCAGCUGCUAUUGGAUGUAUGACUUUACCGGAAACUCUCAAUCAACCAACCAUGGAGAGUUUGUAUUCCGUUCAGAGUGAGCCUAAGAAGGGAGCAGAUGAAAACAGAAACGAGGUUGUUCCUGAAAACGGAGGUGAAACGGUGGCUUCAAUGUGA